GACCUCGCCCGCCGCGGCCGCCGCCGGGCGCCGCCUCGGAGCCGUGCGGGGCCGGCGUGCCGGACGAACACCCACCGUUGUUGACAAGCCCGGAGUCGCUGGAGGGCGAUGCGCCGCUGUCUCCGAACUGGGUUCGUGCACAAGGCGUCCGGGCGGUCGCCGUGCUCUCCCCGCAGAGCGGCGCGAGCCCGAGCCCCGGCUCGAGACGGAGGAGGUCUGCCUCGAGGUCGGGGCAAGGCUCGCCGAAGUCGGCGCGGAGCUCCGGUUCCGAACCCUUCGGCGACGAGGCCGGCGACGAGCACGACGGCCCCUGCUUCACGGAGCCCCUGCAAGACGACGAGGACCCCCUCGGCCUGCCGCAGUCGCCCGUGGAGGCGCGCCUGCCGCCCUGGCUCCCCGGCGAGCUGGGCCAGCCGCUGCUCGCGGACGCUCCCGCUGGGCCUGCCGCCGGCGGCGCCGCCGCGCCCGCGCGCCCAGAGGUGCGGUGCACCGGGCCCGGCCAGGUGGUGAUCUCCUGGGAGGUGCCGCCUUCCACCUCGCCGAGGGCGACCUGGUGCCUGAGGGUCCGGCAGAAGGGCGAGCCAGAGAGCUGGCGGCCGAUAGACCUGGACGCUGGCUUGGUGGUCUCGGGGAGUGGCGAGGCCGGCUGGAAGGGUCGUGGCUCCCUGCCCAACGACGGCCUGAAGGUGCUCAGCUACUGCGUCGACGAGGGGAAGAAAAGCUCGGAGCCCUACGUCGGCACACUCAUGUGCCAUUAUCCAGGCGUCGCUGUCAUCGGCUUCGACUUCGCUUUCGCCGCCCCCGGCCGCGAAGUGCAGAGGGUCCCUCAGGAACUCGGACUGGGUGCUCCACGCCGUCCCCGCCAAGGCCGACACGGGAGAUCGCGGGGGCGGGUCUCUUCUGGGACGUCUUCAACACGCACCGCUUCCGCUCAGCGAAGCGCACCAACUGGAACCGCGCGAGGUCCAAAGUCGGGGAGACCUGGAAUGCAGCGGGUCAUCGACCGUCAGAGCGUCGUGAUCUGGGGCAGGCGGCCCGACGUUCCGGAGCCUGGCAGCAGGGUCGCGGCCGCGUGCACCCUGGGCCGACACCCGGCGAACGAGGCCGACGCGAGCGCCCAGGGCGAGCUCGGGCACGCCGAGGCCUCGGCCGCGUGGUGGCCGGCGCUGGCGCCGCCCUCGGCCGGCAGCCGCUCCGCGGGCGAUCCGGCGGGGGAGCACCCCGCGCCCGAGGACCUCCUCUCGCUCGCGAGCGUGCGCGUGGCGGUGGAGCCGUGGCCGCGGGUGCAGCACUCCGCUGGCAACGCGAUGGCCCCCGCGAAGCGCGGGGCGCCCGGGGGCACCGGGGACCCUCCUGCAAAGAGGGCGAAGGCUGCCGCGGGGCAGCUGCCCACGCCGCUGGACCCGCGUGAGUACCACGCGCGGCUGCAGAGGCAGGGAAAGUACCACGACUGCAAGCCGGGAAGCAACAGCCCGGACGCUUGCCUCAAGGACCCGCCGUCCGUGCCGCCGCCGGCGUUGGUGAUCAAGAAGCGCGGUCCGCUGCCGAAGCGUGGCCCCGACAGAUGCCUGGCCUUCCCCGACUUCCCAGCCUUCCGACCAAACCUGACGCCGAAGGAGGUAAUCGCAUUGGGAUCUUUCGGCGGCACGUAUUUUCGAGACAUCGUUUCGGCGGUUACUGGCACGAAAUACAAAGGUUCUGAGGUGAUCCGCGAAUUCCCAGCGGAUUGGUUCAAGGGCAUGGAUAUAAAGAAGCAGGUCACGAGCCGGGUCUACGACAAGGAAGUGAACCGCUACGGGGCUGCGUGCGGCGCCAGCUUAGGACAGUGGGAAACGAGCGGCUGGAUAUCUGCGCUCGACCCCUACGGCUGGUUCCAGUGGUACUGCCGCUUCUACUUGGGCCGCCGGAGCACCGACGACGCCCGGCAGGUCGGCAGGUGGCUGAAGGGCCAGGGCCCCUCUGGCCGCUGGAGGCUGGUGCUCGCGAGGAAGUGCGCCGAGGCGUGUGCGAAGCACGACGACGCGCGCGUCAGCCCAGUGAUCCCGUACAUGGACAAGACAUUCGAACCCUUACACAUUUGA